AUGGUUACGGGGACUUACCCUGCCCUGCCGGGUAAAAGCCCGCAUCCCAUCCGUGCUGAGGCAGCAGCAGGCUCAGGCCAUCACCCAGACCAUGAUCGCCUGCACCACAAACGAGUACACAAACAGGAACUGGGUGCGGAUCCGUCUUGCUCCCGAGGACAGGCUGUUUGCGUCCAGGCCGCUCGGCAGAACGACGUAUUUGAGAGACCUCAUCAGAAAGAAGCCGAGCGAGAAGAUGUUGGCCAGGAAGCCCGUGUAGAUGAGGAUCUUCGAGCUGAGCAGGUUCUUUAUGAGCAUCAGCACCAAGAUGGAGAUGAAUUUGUAGCCACUGUAGCUGACGAGGUCCCAGAGCUUUCUAUUUUUCUGGUUCACGCCCAGCACGUAGAACGAGAUCUUGAUCAGACAGAUAUCCAUCAGAUAGAAGGCCAGUGUUCUUGUUGUGGCGUAGCCGAGCAGCUGUGGAUGGAACGUGCCGUUGAUCCCGCUGAAGACGGCCCACAGCAGCACAUACGACACAAACGACAUCAGCGGGAUGUACAGGUCGGGGGCGUUGACGUCUUCUAUAGGGGUGGCGUACAUCUCGACGCUCUGCGAGACGUCUGUCGACCGCAGCUGUCUUGUCCACGUUUUGUUCCUGAAGGGGAAUAG